AUGGCAACUCCUACCUCCCGCCCUCGCUUCGCCAGCACGCUCAUUGCCGAGCGCGACAGCCUCGAGCAAGACAUCCGCAACAACAAUGCGGCAAUUGCACGGUGGGCGGUCAUGCCAAGGUGGAACUGGCGGGAGCUUCGAGCGGCACGUAUCUUACAGCGCCGCCUUGACCGCGAGGUCAUUCUACUCACCAUCGAUAUCGACAUUGCCUUGACGCGAGAGGCGGACAACAUGGAGUGGCUACUGUCACUAAGCCAAGUUAGCUCUUGA